ACACACAUACUAACAACAGUGACCAAAGUAAAAUAUCUAAGUUUAUGCUGGAUUCAUAGGUGAUUACUAGACUAUCGGCCAGCCAAACCAACUUUACAACAAAAUUUAUCAAAAUAUUCUCAAUAUCCCAAGGAAUUUUAUGAGUUAGGAUAUCUGCCUGUACACAUUAAACAUGCUUCUGGGAAUUGCAGAAAAGUCUUUCAGCAUAAUGUCUUCAGUCUAUUAGCAGUUUAAUAAAAAGCCAUUGAUUUACUGCAUCCCAUUUAUGCUGUAGUUAACAGUAUGUACCUCAAGUAGUGCCUAGAGAGAUUACAUACGAAAUGCCACAGCAAUCACUUAUCUGUAUUAACUCCACAAUCACACAACCACAACCAGUGUUUAACACUUCACUUGACAGUUUGCAUUCUGGCAGUAGCAUAACUCCACAAAUACAACAUCUGACAGCUCAUGCAGCAGAAUCUGCUCUUGACUAAAGCAGUUAUUGACAAAAUGAACUGCAUCCAUGGAGAUGUCUAUGUGCAUCUGUCAUAUACACAUUUUAUACUGCUUUUUAGUCCUACAUGUACAUCAGCUGUAUACGUGAACCUUAUUAGUCCUACAUAUACAUCAUCUGUGUACAUGAACCUUAUUAGUCCUACAUGUACAUCAGCUGUAUACAUGAACCUUAUUAGUCCUACAUGUACAUCAGCUGUGUACGUGACCCACAACCUUAUUAGUCCUACAUGUACAUCGGCUGUGUACAUGACCCACAACCUUAUUAGUCCUACAUGUACAUCAGCUGUGUACGUAAACCUUAUUAGUCCUACAUGUACAUCGGCUGUGUUCGUGACCCACAACCUUAUUAGUCCUACAUGUACAUCAGCUGUGUACAUGAACCUUAUUAGUCCUACAUGUACAUCAGCUGUGUACAUGAACCUUAUUAGUCCUACAUGUACAUCAGCUGUGUACGUGACCAACAACCUUAUUAGUCCUACAUGUACAUCGGCUGUGUACAUGACCCACAACCUUAUUAGUCCUACAUGUACAUCAGCUGUGUACGUAAACCUUAUUAGUCCUACAUGUACAUCAGCUGUGUACGUGAACAUUAUUAGUCCUACAUGUACAUCAGCUGUAUACGUGAACCUUAUUAGUCCUACAUGUACAUCAGCUGUGUACAUGAACCUUAUUAGUCCUACAUGUACAUCAGCUGUGUACGUGAACCUUAUUAGUCCUACAUGUACAUCAGCUGUGUAUGUGAACCUUAUUAGUCCUACAUGUACAUCAGCUGUGUACGUGACCCACAACCUUAUUAGUCCUACAUGUACAUCAGCUGUGUACGUGAACCUUAUUAGUCCUACAUGUACAUCAGCUGUGUACAUAAACCUUAUUAGUCCUACAUGUACAUCAGCUGUGUACGUGAACCUUAUUAGUCCUACAUGUACAUCAGCUGUGUACGUGACCCACAACCUUAUUAGUCCUACAUGUACAUCAGCUGUGUAUGUGAACCUUAUUAGUCCUACAUGUACAUCAGCUGUGUACGUGAACCUUAUUAGUCCUACAUGUACAUCAGCUGUGUACGUGACCCACAACCUUAUUAGUCCUACAUGUACAUCAGCUGUGUACGUGAACCUUAUUAGUCCUACAUGUACAUCAGCUGUGUAUGUGAACCUUAUUAGUCCUACAUGUACAUCAGCUGUGUACGUGACCCACAACCUUAUUAGUCCUACAUGUACAUCAGCUGUGUACGUGAACCUUAUUAGUCCUACAUGUACAUCAGCUGUGUAUGUGAACCUUAUUAGUCCUACAUGUACAUCCGCUGUGUACGUGAACCUUAUUAGUCCUAUGUACGUGAACCUUAUUAGUCCUACAUGUACAUCAGCUGUGUACGUGACCCACAACCUUAUUAGUCCUACAUGUACAUCAGCUGUGUACGUGAACCUUAUUAGUCCUACAUGUACAUCAGCUGUGCACGUGACCCACAACCUUAUUAGUCCUACAUGUAUAUCAGCUGUUUACGUGAGCCACAACCUUAUUAGUCCUACAUGUACAUCAGCUGUGUACGUGACCCACAACCUUAUUAGUCCUACAUGUACAUCAGCUGUGUACGUGACCCACAACCUUAUUAGUCCUACAUGUACAUCAGCUGUGUACGUGAACCUUAUUAGUCCUACAUAUACAUCAGCUGUGUACGUGAACCUUAUUAGUCCUACAUGUACAUCAGCUGUUUAUGUGAACCUUAUUAGUCCUACAUGUACAUCAGCUGUAUAGGUGAACCUUAUUAGUCCUACAUGUAAAUCAGCUGUAUACGUGACCCACAACCUUAUUAGUCCUACAUGUACAUCGGCUGUGUAUGUGACCCACAACCUUAUUAGUCUUACAUGUACAUCAGCUGUGUACGUGAACCUUAUUAGUCCUACAUGUACAUCAGCUGUGUAUGUGACCCACAACCUUAUUAGUCCUACAUGUACAUCAGUUGUAUACGUGACUCACAACCCAGGCAAAUUGUAUUGUUUUCUCUAAGUAAGUAAAGGAAAGAUAAGUGACAUGUCAUUAAACAGAGGUAAAACACUACUGGUUGGAUACUCAGACUAUCCAGUUUCCCCUUUUUAUCCAUAUACUUUUGACAAUUCCCUUUUCUGAGUUCUACUGUACCAUGGAUUUCUGCCAAUUUGCAGCAAUCACACUGAAGAUGCGUGUCAGAAAUGCAUGUGAAAUCAACAGCAGUGCAUCUAAAUUAACAAAUCUCACACAUAUAAACAAAAUAAACUAAACACGUCAAAUUAGCUAUAUUUCAUAUAAUAAUACUAAUAAUAAUAAUAAUAAUAAUAAUAGAGCUGAACUUCAAUCUAAGAAAUCAUAGAAACAGCAGUAGGAGUUCAUGCAGCAGUUCGUUUAUCAGGGCAGGCCCUUCCAAGAAACCGCCAUCAACUUUUAAUGUGCACAUAACAGACUACGAAAAUGUUAACAAUCAUUUAUUUGCAAUUACCAAUUUGUCAGGCUUUACUACAAAUGACAUGCAGCCUUAAGCAACCUACCUACUUUGCACAUUCAUAAAAUUGCAAGCCAUCUUACUUUUAUGAGCUGCAAGUACCAGGUACUGGUUUACUGGUUUUAGGAUUGAAAAUACAGAUGUUCAUGUAUUCAUUGAUUUGUUCAAAAAUGGUUCUUACUAAAGGACUAUAGCAAGGUUUGACUUGCUGCAGUACUGCAGUGACACCCUCACACACUCCACCAAAGUUACCCAGAGAAAAAGGUAGUGUUAAUUUAAAACCCAGUAACAGAUGUUUAGCUUAAAGGAAAAACAAAACAGCAUGUGAACACAGUCUGUGAACUGUUGCAUGUCUCUGUAUUUACUACUGACUUUACAAACAAAUGAAGGAAUACACGCAGAAAAGGAAGAUCACAGGAGAAAAAGUAGGGGUGCACAUUUAAUUGUCUUAGCAAAUUGUAAUGUGCAUGGAAAUAAAAGAUUUUUGCUAUAAGUCAUACAGUUAUGCAACACUUUUCUGAAACUGUUAAAAAAUCUAUGAAA